GACAGCUUAGAUGAAACACAGGGGGAGCACUUUGGUGUUACACCGGCGGUUCUUUUUGAUUUGUUUUCGCUUACUGUUUGAACUUAGAACGUAAAACAAAUCCAGGUAUAAUGGCGUUUUUUAUUGUUUAAAAAUUGUGAGUUUAAGUCUCGUGAAAAGAGUUACAUCACUUACAUGCGUGUCAUGUUAAACGCACGUUUAUUAAAACUUGUGUCAAAACAAGUUCGACUUAAGGAUGACCUCGGGUCCUCAAAAGAAGAAAAUUUACUUGGGGCAGCAUCAGAUCAAAAAGAAGACAAGCAUCUUAGGCAACAAUGAGGCAUCAGAUGGAGAGAAGUUGCAGAAAACGUGCUUUCUGCCAGACAAAACAAAUAAAUCACACAUCAGCAGAAAUUCCUUCACGGGUGGAAGGCCUGCGGUGGAGUUUGGGGAAUCCACUUUGGCUAUUGAUGAAGAGCUGAUGCAGGUUCUGGAUGCUGUCGAUCAUUCAACCGCUGUUAAAAACAAGGCUUGUUCAGUAAAUAGACACGAUGUGGAAGAACCGGCAGCAACAUCAGCUGUUUGUGAUCUUCCACAACCCCAAGCACUGACUGCACACAGCGAAAAGGAGAGAAACUCAGUACAGGUGAGAGGCAGGCCAUGUCCCCAGCAUUCAGACGGUGGACCAAACAGAGAGCCUGGUUCUCAGCGGUGGGUCUGUCAGCAGUCACCAGGAUGGAGAGCUGACUGCAAAGACCUUGCUCAGAAGCUUCUCUUCAGUGAGGACUCUGAGGAAGUGGAUCAUGCUCAGAGGGACCCAGACAACUGCCGUUCCAACCCUUCUACUGUUAGAAUUCUUCCUUCUCAAGAAAACAACCAGGAAGCAGGCAGCUCCGACAAGCAUAAGGUCACAAGAAAACAUUUUCCUCCCAACAGUGACAGAUGCAGAUCGAGUACGAAUGCUGAUCCAGCUCUGGAUUUAUCUACAAACUAUAUCUUAUUUAGCCCCUCUCGAAUCACAGCAGCCACAAAGAGGGCCAAACUCCUGCAGUCAUUACAGAACCAGUCUACUUCAGUGCUCACCGCCCCCAGUGGCUUGGAGCUCAGCUUUCUCAGUGACACAUUACCUGAACCAGGCGUUGCCUUGUGUGCUCCUGGUCAGCAGGCUGAAAAGCUGCUCCUGUCCAGCUGGGGUUUACCGAAACCAGUUCUAGAGCGCUACCAGAAACAUGGAGUCACUCAGAUGUUUGAGUGGCAGGCUCAGUGCCUCACUGUGGGGCGGGUCCUGCAGGGGGGCAACCUGGUGUACUCUGCACCGACUAGUGCUGGAAAAACUCUGGUGUCAGAGCUGCUCAUUCUGAAGCGGGUGUUGGAAACCAGAAGGAAAGCACUUUUCAUCCUGCCGUUUGUUUCUGUGGCUAAAGAGAAGAUGCACUACCUGCAGAGCAUAUUUGAAGAGGCUGGCAUCAGAGUGGAGGGCUACAUGGGAAGCACAUCAGCUGCUGGAGGUUUCUCAAAGCUGGAUGUGGCUGUCUGCACUAUAGAAAAAGCAAACUCUUUAAUAAAUAAGCUCAUUGAAGAAGACAACAUGGGUCUCCUAGGUAUGGUGGUGGUGGAUGAGUUGCACAUGGUUGGAGAUUCUGGACGAGGAUACUUGCUGGAAUUGCUCUUAACCAAAAUCCGCUAUAUCGGACAGAAGCAGAGCACCACAGGAUCUCUUGCCGAGGGUGUGCAGAUAAUAGGUAUGAGUGCCACGUUGCCUAACCUGUCUCUCCUGGCCAGCUGGUUAGGCGCAGAGCUUUACCAGACAGAAUACAGACCUGUACCUCUGCAGGAACACCUCAAAGUGGGCAGCGACAUCAUUGACAAGAGCUUGUCUGUGGUGCAGCAGUUCAAGCCGGCUCUCAGUGUUAAGGGUGACGAUGAUCACAUUGUGAGUUUGUGUUAUGAGACCGUGAGAGAAGGCCACUCUGUGCUGCUGUUCUGCCCCUCAAAGAACUGGUGUGAAAAACUGUCAGACAUCAUCGCCAGAGAGUUCUUCAAACUCAGACAACAGGGUCUCCAGGGUGAAGCUGAUCCCCAGCCGGUGUGUCUGGACCAGGAGGGCCUGGUGGAUGUUAUAGCUCAGUUGAGGAGAACUCCAGCAUGUUUAGACCCCAUCCUGCAGCGCACCGUGCCCUGGGGGGUGGCCUUCCACCAUGCUGGUUUGACGUUUGACGAGCGAGACGUGUUGGAGGGAGCUUUCCGUCGGGGUUUGGUACGGGUCUUGGCUGCCACAUCCACCCUCUCCUCAGGGGUUAAUCUUCCAGCUCGUAGGGUCAUCAUACGAACUCCGACGUUUAACGGCCACCUGCUGGACCCACUCACUUACAAACAGAUGGCUGGACGAGCAGGAAGAAAAGGAGUGGACACCGUAGGUGAGAGUUUUCUGGUGUGUAAGCCGACAGAGCGUCAGAAAGGUAUUAGCCUUCUUAAUGGGUCUCUGCAGCCAAUCAGCAGCUGCCUGGUGAAAAGCGAAGGUGAAGGUGUAACCACCAGCAUGCUGAGAGCUCUCCUGGAGAUCAUUGUUGGCGGCGUGGCUAGCACUCCUCAGGAUGUGAGGCUUUACGCAUCAUAUUCACUUCUAGCUGCCGGCGUGAAAUGUGACAGCCGGACAGGAUCGGAUGAAAAAACCAGCAGAGGAGUUAUUGAGGCCUGUGUUGAAUGGCUGAUAGAAAAUGAAUUCAUUCGUAUUCAGAGGGAUGGACAAGAUGAGCGGUAUCGUCCAACCCAGCUUGGUUCUGCCACCCUUUCAUCCUCACUUUCCCCUCCGGAGGCUCUGGGAAUAUUUGCAGAUCUCCAGCGGGCCAUGAAGGGCUUUGUACUUGAAAAUGAUCUGCACAUUCUGUAUCUGAUCACCCCACUGUAUGCGGAGUGGACCACCAUAGACUGGUACCAGUUCUUCUGUUUGUGGGAGCAGCUGCCGUCUUCGAUGAAGAGAGUGGCCGAGCUGGUUGGAGUCCAGGAGGGUUUUCUGGCUCGAUCUGUCAGUGGAAAACUCGUUGCCAAGACAGAGAAGCAGCACAGACAGAUGGCUGUUCAUAAACGGUUCUUCACGACGCUCGUACUGCAGGAUCUGGUCAGUGAGGUGCCUUUGGGAGCUGUUUCUUCUAAAUACAGCUGCAGCCGCGGGCAGCUACAGUCUCUGCAGCAGUCUGCUUCUACAUACGCAGGUAUGGUGACUGUGUUCUGCAAACGUCUGGGUUGGCACAACAUGGAGCUGCUGCUGUCCCAGUACCAGACCCGGCUGAGCUUUGGAGUCCAGAAGGAACUUGUGGAUCUGGUCAGGGUUUCCCUUCUCAAUGCAACACGAGCCAGGGCACUCUACGUUCAAGGCCUGUGUACUGUUGCUGAACUCGCCCGGGCGUCUGUAGCUGACGUAGAGAAGGCCCUGAGGAACGCAGUCCCAUUCAAGAGCUCCAAGCGUGCGGUCGACGAGAGUGAGAUGGAGGCGGUGGAGAGACGAAGCUUGCGCUGCGUGUGGGUCACGGGGGGGCAGGCCCUGACGGAACAGGGAGCAGCUGUUGAGAUUGUGUCGGAGGCAAGACUCCUGCUUCAAGGAGACCUGGCUCAGCUUGGAGUUAAGUGGGAUCCAGGAGCACUUCCUCCGUCCAAAUCCAGCCCUGAUGAUCCAGACUUGGGUAUCUCACCUGUCUUCUGUAUUGGUCCACGUGAAGCACGGACAGACAGGACCGAGGAGCAUCAAAAGAGGAAUCAGAAAAGCAAAGUCUCUGAAAAGCUCAGAGAUGAGGUCAGAAAAGAUUUUAAACGUCAGAUGAAGAGGAUUGAUGCCGACACAAGAAAUCUAAACAUGACUGAAGCAGAAAUCAGACAAACCGUUUGUGAAGAUCUGAUGGAAAGACACAAAGAAAGCACGGAGGUAAUGAUGAAUAAAUCAGCUGUAAAUAAUAAAGGAAGCCAAGCUAAAGGACGGUCAGAACAAGAGUGCAAACAAAUCACAUCGAAGGAAGGAGAGACCAGAGAAAGACCAGGGAAGCAUCAGCCUAUUGCUGCUGAGAGGACCUUAACGCAAGAGUUAGCUGAGAUUAUAUCCAGUCCUCUACCUCAAAUGCUGCCACAGCCUCAGCUCGUAGCAUCUCCGGUGUCUCCUCCACGUUUCAGAGCCCCGAUAUCACGUCUAGAGCAGCAACAAAACGUUUCUGCAAACGGAGAGCGCCUCACAAAACUCACUGUAUCGCCUCUACACCCGGGAAGGCUGAAACAUUCCAGAGCAUUAAGCAAAGUCCUUCAGUCUAUAAAAACACAAAACAGUCUGCAAGAUAUCUCAGAACCCGUCGGAAGAUCACAAUCAGUAACCAGAAUGAUUUCUUCCUCUGAACAUCCACCACCUGUAGCUCAGGUGCCCUUAACUCCUCCUCCUCCUCCUACAGAAGUAACAAACUCUCCUCAAACCGUCACAGAUCCCAUGUCGGGUCCUGAUGCCAAACGGAGAAGGGUUGACCACAGAGAGGUCGCUAAUUUUUCAUCACCAGAGCUAUACGCAGGAAAUAAGACAGAUGAAGAAGGUGAGGAACAAAUCAAUCUGGAUGGACAAAGCUUUGGAGACAGCUUUGACCUAGACACUCAAACGGAAAGAAUCAUGGCUCAGCAGUCUUACAGAGAUGGAGCUAAAGAUCAGCUGGUGGAGACACAGAAGGACACAGAAGACGAAACAAUGGAUGCCGCCCUAGAGCCCGCAAAGACGAUGGGUGAGAGAAGUGGGCUGGAAGGUCUUCAUGUGGCGUCUCCCAGAUUUGAUGCUUCUUUCACAGAGAGCCAGCUGGAGCUCAUCCUCAACACCAGCCAUCAGAUAUCACUCAGGCCAGUCAAGGACCAAGAUAAAGAUGAAGAUGCUCAUCAAACUGAGAGUCCUAACGGAAGCAGCAGCUUCCUGUUUGACAGCAUGUUCGACAGCCCUGUCCUGGAAGCGCUGGGCCCACACCAGAGGCCUGACCAACCAGAGGAUGAUGAAUCUUCUAGCCAGGGAGAUGCCGUUCACGGUUCUCUUCCAUCAACCCAGCAGAGACGACGCAGCGAGCUUCUCGCCAACCAGGAGGCAGAAGAGCAGGAAGCGGUCCGGUGGGGAGAGUCCUUCUUUAACCUAUCUGAAUGGGGGGACUCGCUCUUGGUGGGUGAACACUUUUUGGAAAGGCAUAGUUUGUUGGGAGACACGGAAAGAGAGCUGCAGGAAGCGAAGGAAGACCAGGACCUGUGUGGAGAACAGCUGUUGAUUUCACCGUUUGGACACAGUCGAAUACAGCCGCCGCUUCGUUUUACCCACCUAAAGGAGGGCGUCACGGACAGGGCCGACAACGAUCAAGUCCUUGGUGAGAAAAUAUUUAACGAUGAAGAUCUAGAACCAAUUGAAGAAAAAGAGGAAAUAAGUCAUAAGGAGGGUGAAAUCGCAAUGCAGCUUGAGAAGGAGGCGAACAAAGAGGAAGACACUUUAGAGGAAAUGGAUCUGAGUUCAAACCGAUCUCAAAAGGAUUUUUAUUGCAGCCCAGGUUUACAAGAAAUCUUUGAUCGCUGGCCCAGUAUGUCUGACCAGUCCGGCUCAACAAACCGUCAAACACAAGCUGCUGUUGCUGCCGCAGAGAAACCACAACCAGAGAUGCAGCUAGACAGGAAAAGGAAAAUAUCACAUCAGUCUGAUGCUGCAAAGAAUGGCUUCCAACAUGGACGAAGCUCAACCAGCGAGAACACUCCAGAGAGACCAGGCUCUGCUGGUGACCUCAUCCCACCAACCCAGGAGAAACCGCCGGUCACACCGAGAGUAAAACUGACUACUUUAGCGGUCCAGUCGCCUGUAACCACUCAGCCCCGUAAACAGUCAGGUCCCUCAGACCCUGUUCAAGAGAAACCAGCAGCCAGGAAGCUUCCCACACACCAAACCGCUCAAACAGGAAACAACAAUCAGCUGUCAGAAGGCGUUUUGGCUUCUGCCUGUAAACAGGAAGCAGAAAUGGUGACAAAAGCAAAUUCUGCCACAAGUUCAAGUUUAAAAACGAAACCCCUGCCUCGGGUUAACCAGAACCUUUACCUCCCUAUGGAGGGUGCACCCCCUCCCCACCUCCACCUACAGGCACCCACCGACGCAGAGCAUCAUGCCAGUCUUGAUGGCUUCAGUCUUCAGCUCUCCCAGGAUGCCUCGCUGUGCUGUAGCAACUCGGAGCUGUUCUCCAUCAUCGAUGUGGCGAGUGAUAAACGUCUGUUUUAUACUUUUGUCAAAGAGUGGAAAACAAAGGAGAGGUUUUCUGUUGCUUUGGCCUGUGAGAAGAGAGAGCCCAGACACCAGCCUGAGGGGGAACUUGGAGGGAAGCAUAACAGAGCUCAUCAGAGGCUGAAUACCGCUGAUGGUUUUCCAGUAAGAGGCAAUGAAGAGCUCGUUCUGAUUGGACUCUCUAUUUGCUGGGGAGCCAAGGAUGCAUAUUAUCUAUCCUUGCAGCAGGAGCAGUGCAAAGGUCUGAGCUCCAGUCUGGCUCCUCCUCCACUGGAUAAUGAUUUGACAGUCAGCGAAAGGCUGGAGCAGGUGAAAGACUGUCUCAACAGACAAUCAGCUGGUCACAACUUGCAUGUGGUGGUUACAUAUGACAUUAUCAAGGUGUACAAGACACUAGCGCUGAGCUGCGGCCUCAGCUUGGACGGAAGCUGUGAAGAUCCAAAGGUGGCGUGCUGGCUGCUGGACCCUGGCAGUGAGGAGAGGACUCUUCCAAACAUGGUGACGGUCUACUGUCCUGAAGAUGUACCGCUGCUGGAUGGUCUCGGUAACACGCAUUCAUACUGUCCUCGUGUCAGAGCGGCCACACAGUGUGUGCUCACACACACUGUGAUGACGCAUCUCACUGGCUUGCUGGAGAAAGAUAAAACUCUAGAUUUAUUUAGGAAAAUAGAGAUGCCCUCUCAGGUGUGUUUAGCCUUGUUGGAGCUGAAUGGAAUUGGCUUCAGUGUGGAAGAGUGUGAGAGGCAAAAACAUGUGAUGCAAGCUAAACUCUCAGCUCUGGAGACUGAAGCUUACAGCCUGGCUGGACACAGCUUCUCCCUCACCAGUGUUGACGACAUAGCACAGGUGUUGUUCUUGGAGCUCCACCUGCCUCCAAAUGGUGAAGUAGGGGGAUCGAGGAGUAAAAAGACUCUGGGUUACACCAGGAGAGGCGGUGGCAGAGUUCGACUUGGGAAACAGUUCAGCACCACCAAGGAUGUUCUGGAGAAACUUCGUCUCCUGCACCCGUUACCAGGUGUCGUUCUGGAGUGGAGACGGAUCACGAACGCUUUGACCAAAGUGGUAUUCCCACUGCAGAGGGAGAGGCAAUAUCAUCAAACACUGGAAAUGGACAGAAUAUAUCCAGUCACCCAGACCCACACAGCCACAGGUCGAGUUAGCUUCACAGAGCCAAACAUACAGAACGUCCCUAAAGACUUUGAGAUUCACAUGCCUACAGUGGUGGGUGAGAGCCCACCGUCACAAAACGCCCUCCAGGUGACCAGAAAACCAGGGAGGAAGAGGCGCUCUGCAGCUUCAGCAGUCACAGCCGGACCUGCAGAACAAGGCCCAGCCUUCUCUGUCAGCAUGAGACAUGCGUUCAUACCUUUUCGAGGUGGGAUGAUUUUAGCAGCAGAUUACUCCCAGUUAGAAUUAAGAGUGCUGGCUCAUCUCUCAAAGGACCAGCGCCUCCUGCAGGUGCUGAACGGAGGAGCAGACGUGUUUCGCUGCAUCGCUGCAGAGUGGAAAAGCGUUGACCCAGAUUCUGUUCAGGACAGUCUCAGACAACAAGCUAAACAGAUUUGUUACGGCAUCAUCUACGGAAUGGGAGCAAAGUCUCUGGGGGAGCAGAUGGGAGUGGAGGAGGAGGACGCAGCCUGCUACAUCGAGAGCUUUAAAGCCAGAUACAAAGGGAUAAAUACUUUUCUCAAGCAGACUGUGAAGAACUGCGUAAAGGACGGCUACGUUCGGACGCUGAUGGGCCGCAGGAGGCAUUUAGCUGGAAUCGCCAGCACCAACAGCCACAUUAAAGCUCAUGCAGAGCGCCAGGCGGUGAACACCACGGUUCAGGGUUCAGCAGCUGACAUUGUUAAGCUCGCUACUGUGAACAUCCAGAAGCGGCUACGACAGACGUAUCCUGCAGAGCCGCUGUCUCACCGGCACUCAGCAGCACAAAAUCAGAGCAGAGCCGGGAGGUCGCAGCUCAGAGGAGCCUACUUUGUACUGCAGCUGCAUGAUGAGCUCAUCUACGAAACCACAGAAGAAGACCUCAUACAGGUUGCACAGAUAGUCAAGAGGGAGAUGGAGACAGCGGCCAAACUGUACGUGCAGCUGAAAGCCAAGGUCAAAGUGGGACCCAGCUGGGGGAACCUGCAGGACCUUGAUGUAUGAAGUGUGUAAAAAUCAAGUGCAAUGUCUUUAACGCUAGUAUUUUAAUCCCGUUACUGACAGCAAUGAAUUUAAUCCAGUUUAUUAACUACAUGAACUUUUAAAACAGCAUCUGUAGAUAUAUUUAUCAGUGUACAGCUUGAGUUUUUAGCCAAUUCUACAUUUUUGAAGAAACGAGCAAUAAACUAAUGGUACAGAUUUGA